UAGAUAGCAUAAACUCCCUUUUUUAAAACUCCCUCUUUAACUAUCAUUCUCUCACAGCAUAGUUAAACUCUCUUUCACUUUCACUUUCCACACAGCUUUUCUCUCUGCUCCCCCUUCCAUGUUUGUCCAAACCCUAGAUCUGUCCCCCUCUUAGGUAGUAGUACUUUUUCUAGCUUGAAGUGGCAAGGAGAGGGAUAAAGUUGAGUUUUUUCUUGGUUGUUGUUACAGCGAGGUAGGAAGUGGGGUGGGGUGGGGUGGGGUGGGCGGAAAUGAGUGGUACUUCGACAUCGGUGUCGGGGGGUGGCAUAGGGGUGGGUAUGGGGUAUGGGUACGGUUACCGGCCGCCGUUCACGGCGGUGCAGUGGCAGGAGCUGGAACACCAAGCCAUGAUUUACAAGUAUCUGGUCGCGGGUGUCCCCGUGCCUUCAGACUUGGUUGUCCCCAUUCGUAGAAGCUUCGAAGCUUUGUCUUCUCGUCUCUUCCAUCAUCCCAGCUUGGGUUACUGUUCCUAUUAUGGGAAGAAAUUUGAUCCGGAGCCAGGAAGGUGCAGAAGGACAGAUGGAAAGAAGUGGAGGUGCUCAAAGGAUGCAUAUCCGGACUCCAAAUACUGUGAGCGGCACAUGCACAGAGGCCGCAACCGUUCAAGAAAGCCUGUGGAAUCUCAAUCUACUGCUUCCCAGCCAUUGUCGACUGCUAUGUCACAUAUCACUUCUGGGAGCAGUAAUAGUACAAGUGGAAGUUUUCAAAGUACUGAUCGGAGCUUCCAUAACAUAUCCCCAUAUCCCAUUGCCAACUCAGAAGGUUUGUGUUAUGGAAGCCCUGCAACUAAGUUGCAGAUGGAUUGUGCUGUAUAUGGAAGAGAGAGCAAGGAAUUCUGGUAUAACACUGGAAUGAAUCCCAAUGCAAACGAACACAAUCUGUCAAGAGAAACAUCUGCAGGGAGUCUGGGGAUGGGGUCAGGAGUUGAUAACAAUGCAUGGAACUCAGUACCAUUCCAAGUAUCAUCUUCUAGUCCCAUGUUGAAACUGAAAAAUGAUUCUCUGCUGUUGGGUAGUUCGUCACCCCAAAUGCAUCUGUCUGGUGCUUAUGAGCCUUUGAUUGAUUCUCCCAGGGGGACAGUAAAGCAGGAGCAGCAGUCUGUCCGCCCUUUCUUCAGUGAAUGGCCCGCAACCAAGGAAUCAUGGUCCAAUCUUGACAGUGAUGGGUCAAACACAACGCAGCUCUCCAUGUCCAUUCCAAUGACCACCCGUGAUUUUUCUUCACGAAAUGCCAGUUCCUGAAUUAUGCUUGAGGUGAAGGAGUCAUCAACCAGUUGCAUUUUAUGUACGGCUGAAUUACCACGAUUUAACAGCAAAACUUUAAUCAUUUCUAAGAAAUAAUAAUGCAGAGAGGCUUCUUCAUGUUUGCUACCCUAGAAUAAAUGAAUAUGUCCCCCCAACUAGCUCUGUACACUUUGGUUUAAGAUUCUCAGUUAUUGUACUAUGGCUCAAUUGAGAGGUAGUUGUUGUACUUCGUAGAAGUAAUAAUGUGUAGCAUGUACUAUGUAGCAUUAUGGCCCCAUUCUGAGAUUUUUACAAGUCAAACAGUAAUAAAUUUGGCAGCUACAGCCAAAAAUUUGGCACAAAGUUUAAGAUAGUGGAUAUUGUGUGGUGGAGAGUUGUGCAGAGGAG